AGCUACAAUUGACAUAUUCAGACGGUAUUUCAUAUACAAAGCAAAACAAAACAAGAGUUUAUUUGUUUCAAAUGGGGGCGGGCGAGCUUCUGUGGAACAUUAGGCUGGAUAAAGCUUUUGACUCGACAUGGAAAGCGUUAAAAAAAAACGCGAUUCUAAUUAAUCAAACGCCACCCUUCCAAUGUAUGACCCCCCUCCCCUCCUCUCCUCUCCUCCCCAUUUGAUGGGCUUGUCUUUGUAAGCAGGCUCCGUGUCAAUCAGCAGACUCUUAUAAAUAAAACAAGGUUUCUCUUUGAACAAAAAAAGAUCUUCGUUCGCCCCCCAACAGUGUUGUGGAUGUGCGCCGGGCCGGCAGAAGAUAGUGCAUUAAAUCAGGCACCGUAUUGUCAAUUACACAAGAGCAGUCCAUGAAGGAAGCAGGAGAUGGCCUUCAGGAUCAGAUGAACAGUAUGAUGGGCGCCCUGCAGGAACUGAAGCUUCUCCAGGUGCAGACAGCUUUGGAACAGCUGGAGAUAUCAGGACUGCACAACCAGCCUCCGCAUCUCAUCCAUCACCAACCACGGUUGAAAAGUGGGAAGGAGGAAUCCAAGGUCAGGCAGCGUUGGCUGGGCAGCAGACUGGAGGGGAAGUCCAGCCAUCCCGGUAUCAGUAGCGCCAUCCCGCCUCCAAGCGUGGCCUCCCCUGGGCUGGUGGUGGACAUGCCGGCUAGUGGCUGGUCACAGGGUUAUCCAAAAGAGGUUCCCCACCAGGAGGUACAGAGGCCAGCAACAUCGUCCAUGGCUUCCGACUGUCUCAAGGAUGGAGCAGAUACAACCAGAGUGGACCUUGGGCCGAGGAGAGACCUGGCGGCCACAACAACAGAAGUCCAUCGGCCUCCCGCAGCCAGCAAAACACUUGGUGGUGGGCCAACCCAGGCCAGUGAUGGAUCCAAUGACUGGACCUCCUCUCUGCUCUCCCAGAGCAGGAACAGGCAACCUCUCAUUCUGGGAGACAACGUCUUCGCCGACCUGGUGGGCAACUGGUUGGACCUUCCCGAACUGGAGAAGAUGUCCCAGGCUGCCCCGGCUCGGCGAGACCAUCUCCCCCUCCUCACCAAGUCCCAGGAGUUCCAGAAGAAGCUGACCCUCACGGCCAACAUCUUCAAGAAGCUGCUGAGGAGCGUGCGGCCGGACAAGGGGAAGCGAGCCCAGGCGCCGCCCGCCAACCCUUCCGAAGCCAUCUCCAAGCGCUCCAGCAAGACCACCAAGCAGAAGGUGACUUUUUACUUUGCACUGCGAGGCAACGGCACUCAGCCCAGCCGGCCUGUGGAUAGUCCUGGGAUUGGAACCCCUCUCCCAGAGGAACAUAGCCACCGUGCCAGCACCUGUACCAGGAAGCCCACGGCGGGCACGCACUCUCAGUUUGACUACAACACGGUGGUCUGGGUCUGAACAUUAAUCCCAACCACAGACAUGAACAGAUUUGCACUUAAUUUUCCUUUGCCAUGUUUCACAGUUCCCUCCUCCCCAACUUCAUAAGCUCGUGAGUGAUGGGAGAAAAAUUAGGCCAUUCGGCCCAUCAAGUCUACUCCGCCAUUCAAUCAUCAUUCGGCCGAUCUUUCUUUCCCUCUCAACCCCAAUCUCCUGCCUUCUCCCCACAACCCCUGACACUGGCACUGUGUACAGUUUUUUUUUAAAUCAACGCCUUUUUUUUAUUUCAAAUGUCUGAGUGUCCCUGAUCGAAUCCUGUCAGGACUAUUUAAUGGGUCGUUGGUGGACGAAACACGUUCAGACUUUAUGCUUAUCCCCUUGGUGGAAUUUCCAAAAGAUAUAUCAGUACUGUGACCCCACAUCCAGUAACUCAGCGGUGAGGUUAUCAGAUGCCAUGUAGCUCGCGUUCCACCACUUCAGUCAAAAGGGCGUUUGGUACAAUGUCCAAUGUCCCAGCGCUAAGAUGCAAUUGGUCCUUCAUGUCCAUCUGAGUCAGAUACCCAUUUACUGUUCAUCAUGGGAUAAUGUGCUUGGCCCCAGACUUGUAAGAAUUCCAUCUUCUGAUCCUCUUCCGCAUCCCUAGAAACGUCCGACACACUGAAAACGUAUUAGUUUAGUUUAGAGGCCUAGCACGGAAACAGGCCCUUCGGCCCAUCGAGUCCGCACCGACCAGCGAUCCCCGCGCAUUAACAAUAUCCCACACACAUUAGGGACAAUUUACAUUUAUACCAAGCCAAUUAACCUACAAACCUGAACGUAUUUGGAGUGUGUGAGGAAACCGAAGAUCUUGGAGAAAACCCACGCAGGUCACGGGGAGAACGUACAAACUCGGCACAGACAGUCGGGAUCGAACCCAGGUCUCUGGCGCUGUGAGGCAGCAACUCUACCGUGCCACCCUAAAACUGCUGGGGCCGACUGGAGUGUUUCCUUGAUGUCCCAUAUCAGGGCCGCGGACUCCAGAGCAGAGAUGGGACGUGAAACCUUUAUAGUCCCAAUGCGUUAGUAACCCAGUCUCACAUGGGUCUUUGCACCAUCACCCUCUCUUCAGUGACUCAAUGAUAUCAUAUUGUCACAUAUUUUGCCAAAGUGACAGUGAGAUUCUUUAUUUCAGCACACCAUACACAAAGCACGCAAAGAUCUCCACGUACCUGGUGCUGACAAAGUCACAAUUCACUCAUUAGUACUCAUUAGAGUCCCGAUGGUCUCUCGUUGUUCCCCCUCCACUGGGUCCCUCCUAGUUCUCGUCGGCCCCUCCCGUCGCCGGCUCCCUCCCCCCCCCAAACAGGUCCCUCCUUGUUCUUGGCGACCCCUUGUCCACCCCACCCACCCCUGCCGGGUCCCUCUUUGUUCUCAGUGACCCCCUAUGUAGUUUUUCCUCGUCUCGGUCCUAAAUGGCCUACCCCUUAUUCUUAAACUAUGACCCCUGGUUCUGGACUCCCUCAACAUGGGGAACAUUUUUCUUGCAUCUGGCCGGUUCAAUUCCUUAAGAAUUUUACAUGUUUCUAUAAGAUGCCCUCUCAUCCUUCUAAAUUCCAGUGAAUUUAAGUCCAGUCAAUCCAUUCUUUCAUCAUAUGUCAGUCCCGCCAUCCCGGGAAUUAACCUGGUGAACCUACGCUGCACUCCCACAAUAGCAAGAAUGUUCUUCCUCAAAUUAGGAGACUAAAACUGCACACAAUAUACCCCAGGAGGAGUAUUGUCUUUCCCUUUAGCUUAACCCGCCUGUUCCCACAUCACAGUUCAGGCGCCACAUCUGAGGUAGCAAGAAUGGGACAUAUUCUCAACGUCAUAAUGGUGGUACGACCACUUCAUCUGACAUUGAGUCAUAGAGUGAUACAGCGUGGAAACAGGCCCUUCGGCCCAACUUGCCCACACCCGGCCAACACGUCCCAUCUACACCAGUCCCACCUGCCUGCGUUUGGCCCAUAUCCCUCCAAACCUGUCCUAUCCAUGUAACGGAUGAGAGUAGCGAGUGUAGUAUUGUGUAGUUUGUGAAUGAGUGGAAUGAAGCAUUGGAGUUUGGGGUUUUGCUUAGACUGGAUUUGACUGUUUAUACUUGGAUGUAGUGUGUAAUGUGAGGUGUUUUGCGAGAUAAUAUCCAGGCCUGUGCAGACCUUUCGGUUUAACUUGUUCUCCUCAGGGGCCAUGGAGCUCGAAGAUCUAAUAAAUAUUGACUGUGCCCAUAAUUAACGAAUGAUAUUUUAUUGUUCCAUGUGACGAGUCACAGUGACAUUCCUCAUUUUACACAGCCAGAGAUUCAGCAUGGAAGCAGGCCCUUCGGCCCUCUGGGUCUGCACCACCCAGCGAUCCCCACACAUUAACACAAGCCUACAAUUGCUAGAGGCGAUUUACCCUUAUACCAAGUAUACAAACCAAAACCAAUUAACCUCCAAACCUGUACCUCUUUGGAGCGUGGGUGGAAACCGAAGAUCUCAGCGAAAACCCACGCAGUCACGGGGAGAACGUACAGACAGCACCCGUAGUCAGGAUCGAACCGGGGUCUCUGGGGCUGCAAGCGCUGUAAGGGUGCAACUCUACCUCUGCGCCCAAGGUAUGCAAGGAGUCGCCAUACAAAGGGCACUGACAAAGUUACAAAGAAUCACACACCGGGUCCUCCUUUGUCUGAAAUAACUCAGCGGAACAGACAGCGUCUCUGGGGAGAAAGAAUGGGUGACGUUUUGGGUCAAGACCACUCUCCAAACUCUCUCUGUCUCCCUCUCCCCCUCUCUCUGUCUCUCUGUCUCUCUGUCUCUGUCUAUCUGUCUCUGCGUCUCUCUCUGUCUCUGUCUCUGCCUCUCUCCCUCUUUCUGUCUCUGUCUCUCUGUUUCUCUGUAUCUGUCUGUCUGUUUCUCUCUGUCUCUAUCUCUGCUUCUCUCCCUCUUUCUGGGUAUGGAGAGACGGCAGGUACAGGAUACUGAGUUGGAUGAUCAGCCAUGAUCAUAUUGAAUGACGGUGCAGGCUCGAAGGGCCGAAUGGCCUACUCCUGCACCUAUUUUCCAUGUUUCUAUGUUUCUCUCUCUGUCUCCAUCUGGAACUCCCUGGAACCCUCUCUCUCUCUCUCUCUGGAACUCUCCCCAACUUCCACUCUCUUCAUUCUUGCAAACAUCUGGUUUUGCAUCAGAUCUCCAUCACUGACACGCCUAAUCCUAACCGCUGGAAUUCCUUCCAAAACCACUCCAACUUUACCUCUUGAUGAUGCUCCUUAUAAGACUCCCAACUGUUCUGUUAGUCACGUGUCCUCAUAACCCUUGUGGUAUUUUAGGCUGGAAAUGCUCUUGUGACAUUUUGCAACCAUUAAGUAAAUGCAAGGGACAUGUUGCAUUAGAAAUCUGACAUUGCUCACGAAUCCUUUAGCUCUGCUGGCUUAAUCCACUCUGCACUGGAAAUGGCUGUCAGUAAAAAUCCACUCAGACUUCACUUAAAGCCUGCAAAUAAUUCAUAAAUCCCAUGGCAUGGGAGAAGGGGCGGAUUUUGAAGUUAUUUCCAGGAUUAUUGUUCACUCAGGAGUCACUUGUGAAACUUACAGAAUAAUGAAAGGCAUAGAAUAUAGA